GCGUGUGCCGGCCGCCGGCCGCGGAGCCCGGCGUCCCCGGCCCGCCCGCCGCCCCCCGCGUGGCUGCCACCUCCCGCCCCCGAGCGGCCCUCGGAGCCCCGGGCUCGCCUCCCCACCCCCACUCCACCCCCCAGAGACAGACAAACUUUCCCACCCCGGCGCCCCUUCGCGGCACGCCGGUCGCCCCUCGCGGGGCCGUCCACCUGGCUCCGCCACCGAGUGUCCGAGUUCCCCACGCCGGCCGCCGGGGCGGAGCGGACACCCUCGGGGGAGGCGGGGGGGGGGGGCGGAGAGGAGGGGCCGGCCGGCCCCGGCGGCGCGUCCCCAAAAGCGUGUGCGCCUCGGUCCUGUUCUUUAUUUUCGGGGCAAGAAGAGCCAGGUUACCUGGAGGGGGUCGCGGGAGAGGGUGAUCAGUUUCAGAUGUUUGAGAUGAAAAUUUGACGGGACCGAAGUUUUACAAUCUAGGACUUUCACCUUGUUAUAAUGAAUGCAGUAGACAUCACUUUUGUUGAAUAGCUCUUUUCUGUUCAGGGAGGCCUCAGGGUUUACUUGUUUAAUGGGGAAACAUGUUGGUUAUUUAAAGUGGAUACACUCAGGUAACAGUAAAGCUGGUCGAGAAACUGUUUCGUUAACACCUCUUUUUCAAGGUAACAGCAGUAUUACAGGUUCUCGUGCAUUUUCGUGGAGUCUCCGGAUUUUUGAGUCGUAAAUUUUGAACCUAUAAUUUUACUCUUUUGACUAUCACUCAUUCAAAGUGCAUAGGAGAUAGGAAUAAUCAGUUUUACUGAUUUGUUUUUUAUUUAAGGUCAGUUUCGCUUUCUUUUCUUAUCACUGAAUCAAGUCCACAGUGGUUUGUAAGGGUUUAAGGCUAGUCGUUUAAUUUACUGAAAAGUAAUUGAAAUCAAGGCUGUUAUCUUUUUAAAGCUUGUGUGUUUUCCUCUUAAGUAGAAAUGUUACAAGAACGUGGAUUACAUUGUUUAUGAAGAAGCAGAGUGUAUCAAUUUCUUUCCUUUUUUUUUUUUAAGAUAUAUUGAUAUUGUUAUCUUUAUGUGGAGUGCUACAAGGUUUAAAACAGCCAUAUGCUUAUUUUUAAAACGAGAAAGAAUAAUGCAUUCUGGUAUUUGAUAGAAAUAUCAUUUAAGGGACUGAGCAUUUAAAAACUUUUGAAUAAAAGAUUGUAGUUAAAGCAAAGGAAACAUUUGUAAAGCCGAUUUGUUCUCAUUCCUCCGGGCACAUCCAACCUUGAUUCGUGUACUUGUUUAUUUCACACAUGGUUUUGUAACUUUUUGUAUAUCAUCACAAGAUGCUGAGAGAAAUUUUAACUUUUCUUUGAAGUAGUUGCUUAAGAGUCCUGAUAUAACAGUAACUCUUAGAAGUUGUACUGAGAGUGAAGAACACGUAACCAUAUGAAUCUUAUGAGUCUUAGGUUGUAUACAGUAUUGCUUGGCUUCUAGAAGGGUUAUCUCUGUAGCAGACAUAAUUGAGUUUGAUACUUGAUGGUUUUAGAAUAAGUAAUCAUUGGCUGAGUGUACAAAUGAAGACAAAUGGAUAGUUUGGGUUUGUUUUCCCCAAAUUAUAAUGGUAAAUGGUUAUUGAUGAUUGAGUAGUAGGCUUUCCUUAAUUAUUUUCAUUUAAGACACCCCCCCCUCCCCCAUGGCAAUCAGAGCAACUAAAAUGGCUUUAUUUGGUCAUUUGUUAAUGAUUGUCCUGAAGGGAUGUUUAUCCUGGGAAAACCGAGGUUUUUGCUAUUAAAUGUUAUUGUAAAUAAGGCUGAAUUAACCUUUCCUCAGUACUCUGUUUUGGCUUUCUUCUUUUUGCUCCUCCUCUUCCUCUCUUUUGUUUUCUUACUCUUGCCUUCACUGUGUUCCAUGGAGUAGACUUUAUUUGGAUAACACAGCUCAAGCUUUCUUCCUGAAUGAAGAUCCUGUAUCUUAGAUUGACUUACAAUUAAUUCAUUUCUGAUUUUAUUAAGAUCUAAUCUAACGUCUACUUUUUUAUUUCUACAUAAGAUCCCCCAAAUUUCUCAAGGUUGUGCUUUCGGGGCGGGGGGCUAUAAUUAUGCCGUAAUUUUAAAUUACAAUAGAAUUGAGGCUUUUCUUUAAACCUUCGUGUGAGCAGACUGUGCACCACAGCAUUUGUUGAGGUGGCGCACAUGUGGACGUUUAUCACCCUUUAACUUGACUGUAUUGAAUAUUUUUAAAAACAUGUUUUAAAGGCUAUUCCUGCUUCAGAGUAGAAACGAGAUGCAGUAUGUGAAUGAGAUAGCGUAUGCAAGUCACUGAGCACAGACCGGUGCUAAAUGCAAACGCCGGUUCCUUCCUAUCCUCGGGAUUCAUUCGUUUGUUGGGCACAUGUGGGGAAAGCGUUCUGGGUGCCAGGUCAGGGGAUAGAAAUGCAAGCAUGAUGGGGAGCAACGGGUGGAGCCGCCGUGGAGUAAGUCGGGGCGGAAGUGCUACCGUAGAAUCCGCACCAGGCUGCCGUGGGGGCCUGCGGGAGGGCUUCUGACCCGGCCUUGGGGGACGGGUGUCGUCAAGGAAGGCGUCCCAGAGGAGAUGGAUUCUAAACUGAAAAGUGGAAGUGUUAACCCGCCGGAGGUGGAAGGAUGGAGGGGAGUUAGGCGAGGAAGAACUGCGAGGGAGAGCCCAGAGAGAGCAGAGUUGAACAAUGACCAUAGUUGACAAAGCUUCUGAAUCCUCAGACCCACCAGCCUAUCAGAAUCAGCCUGGCAGCUCGGAGGCGGCCUCACCUGGAGACAUGGAUGCAGGUUCUGCCAGCUGGGGGGCCGUGUCUUCGUUAAAUGAUGUCUCAAAUCACACGCUUUCUCUAGGACCAGUACCUGGUGCUGUAGUUUAUUCCAGUUCAUCUGUACCUGAUAAAUCAAAGCUGUCACCACAAAAGGAUCAAGCCCUAGGUGAUGGCAUUGCUCCUCCACAAAAAGUUCUUUUCCCAUCUGAGAAAAUUUGUCUUAAGUGGCAACAAACUCACAGAGUUGGAGCCGGGCUCCAGAAUUUGGGCAACACCUGUUUUGCCAAUGCAGCAUUGCAGUGUUUGACUUACACGCCGCCUCUUGCCAAUUACAUGCUAUCACAUGAGCACUCCAAGACAUGUCACGCAGAAGGAUUUUGUAUGAUGUGUACCAUGCAAGCACAUAUCACCCAGGCACUCAGUAAUCCUGGGGAUGUUAUUAAGCCGAUGUUUGUCAUUAAUGAGAUGCGGCGUAUAGCUAGGCACUUCCGCUUUGGAAACCAAGAAGAUGCCCAUGAAUUCCUUCAGUACACUGUCGAUGCUAUGCAAAAAGCAUGCUUGAAUGGCAGCAAUAAAUUAGACAGACACACCCAGGCUACCACACUCGUUUGUCAGAUAUUUGGAGGAUACCUAAGAUCUAGAGUUAAGUGUUUAAAUUGCAAAGGUGUCUCAGAUACGUUCGAUCCAUAUCUCGACAUAACGUUGGAGAUAAAGGCUGCUCAGAGUGUGAACAAGGCGCUGGAGCAGUUCGUGAAGCCCGAGCAGCUCGACGGGGAGAACUCGUACAAGUGCAGCAAGUGUAAAAAGAUGGUUCCAGCUUCCAAGAGGUUUACUAUACACAGAUCCUCUAAUGUUCUUACACUUUCUCUGAAACGGUUUGCAAAUUUUACUGGUGGAAAAAUUGCUAAGGAUGUGAAAUACCCUGAGUACCUUGACAUCCGACCGUACAUGUCUCAACCAAACGGGGAACCGAUUAUUUAUGUCCUGUAUGCAGUACUGGUCCACACUGGCUUUAACUGCCAUGCUGGCCACUACUUCUGCUACAUCAAAGCUAGCAAUGGCCUCUGGUAUCAAAUGAACGACUCCAUCGUAUCUACCAGUGAUAUUAGAUCGGUACUCAGUCAACAAGCUUACGUACUCUUUUAUAUCAGGUCCCACGAUGUGAAAAAUGGAGGUGAACUCACGCAUUCCACUCACAGCCCCGGCCAGUCCUCGCCCCGACCCGUAAUCAGCCAGCGGGUUGUCAGCAACAAACAGGCCGCAUCAGGGUUUAUGGGACCACAGCUUCCCUCUCAUGUGAUAAAGAACCCACCUCACUUAAAUGGGACCGGACCAUUGAAAGAAGCACCGAGCAGCUCCAUGUCAAGUCCUAGUGGAAAUUCCAGUGUCAGCCGGGCCGGGUCUGUUAAUGCUUCGACUUCUGUUCAGAACUGGUCCGUUAACAGGCCCUCUGUGAUUCCAGAACAUCCCAAGAAACAAAAAAUCACGAUCAGUAUUCACAACAAGUUACCUGUUCGCCAAGGCCAGUCUCAGCCCAGCCUUCACGGCCCUUCUCUGGACACCCCGAGCAAGCCGGUUCCCUCCUCCACCGUCACCAGUUCUGCAAUGCAGUCUACCUCGAGCGCAUCUAUGACGGCAGUUUCUAGCAAAGUCACGAAGCAGAUGACCCCGAGUGAGUCCUGUUCUAAGCCUGUGAUGAACGGCAAGUCCAAGCUGCGCUCCAGUGUCCUGGUGCCCUACGGUGCCGAGUCGUCCGAGGAGUCUGACGAGGAGGCAAAGGGCCUGGGCAAGGAGAACGGUCUCGGUACGAUCGAGAGCUCGAACUCUUCCGUGCAGGAUGCUGAAGACGACGAGGCCUCUCCGCUCGAGCUUCGAGAGCCUGUUGCUCUAAAUGGUGCUGAAAGUCCAGACAGCGACCUGAAAGAGAACGGUCUGCCCUGCGAUGGUGCCCGCUGCCCAGUCCAGCCUGCCCUACCCUCAGAAAAUCCCUUUUCUAAGGCGAACGGUCUUCCCGGAAAGUCGAUGCCCGCUCCCCUGCCCCCUCUCCCGGAAGACAACAUCUUAGAGACCUUCAAACUCGGCAGCAAAGUGAAAGGCGCCACCGAAGAGACAAGUUCACCUGGAGCCGAGGAAGGUCCUGCAGAGGGUCCCGGUGCAGAGCUCGAGCCUGGCAGCCCCUCUCCUGAUUCCCGGGAGAAACCAGAGACGCUCACGAGUCUUAGCAGCAAAUUAAAGAAGGCCUCGCCACCCUCGGACCCCAGCAUCCAAUCUACCAAAGAAGAAGUCUCUGAAAACAUUGCAGCCAAACCCGAGGAGUUUUCGCCCGGUGCCGACGAUCUCUGCGGCAGCACCAGGAACGGCGCGGGGGACGAUCCGCUCCCUAAACCGUGCGGCCCCGGGGAUUUAACAGACGACCAGAGCAGACCAGCCCAGGCUGCAUCAGGGACGCGCACAGACAGCCCGCGGGCCUCGGCCGCCGUGGAGGCGGCGCAGGGUUCGAGCCCAAGUCCCCCGGCUCGUUCCGAGGGCGCCUGCGAGCACGAGCCCUUCUGCGUCAGCGGAGACAAGCGCGCGGACACGGACACGGAGGGCCCUUGGAAGGGCGCGGGCGCGGCCGCCUCCGACCUCCCCUCCCCCCAAGUAGACACGGGUACAGAGCAUCGCUCGGAAGGGGGCCCCGGGCAGAGUCACGGUGAAAAACGUGAAGAGAAUAAGGUGGGACAGAAAGUUCCAGAUCGCUCUCCGGUUAAGGAAAAAAUCAGUAUCCUCAGAAGAGUUGACCGAGGACAUUACCGCAACCGAAGAGAUCGUUCCUCCAGCGGAGAACGCGCGAGGGAGAGCCGGAGCAAGACCGAGGACCGCUACCACCGAAAGCGGCGCUCGUACACGAGGGAGCGGCCCAGGCAGGACCGCUACCGGACGGAGCACUGCGGCGGGAGCCAGCACCACCCCUGCCACGGGGAGCGGGCCAGCCCCGGCGAGCCGCGCUCCCUGGCCAGGUACGGCCACCACCACCCUCGGAGCCGGGGCGGCUCGGAGCAGGAGUGGGGCCGGUACCACCACUCGGAGGGCGAGCACCCCUGGGCCCGGGAGAAGUACUACCCCGAGAAGCUGCGCUGGGACAAGUGCCGGUAUUACCACGACAGGUACACCCUGUAUGCGGCGCGGGAGUGGAGGCCCUUCCACGAGCGCCCGUACGACAAGGCGGCCGCGGCCGGCCGGCCCUACCGGGACUGCUACAGGAGCAGGAAGGGCUGUGAGGCGGCCGCUAAGGGGAAGGGUCGGCACCGCUUCAGCCCCCGCGCAGGCCCGCCCCCCGCGCCCCUCCCCUACCCCGAGAAGCACCCCCACGAGAAGAUCGCGCCUGGAGCCGAAGACGACACCUGUGACCUCGCCGGCCGGUUUCACGACCACGAGAACGUCAAGUCACGGAAACGGAGGUACGACAGCCUGGAAAACGGCGACGGUCGCGGAGAGAAGAGAGCCUGGAGAGGCGCACAGAAGGAGCCUUUAGAAGAGCCGAAAGUGAAGAAGCACAAAAAAUCAAAGAAGAAAAAGAAAUCCAAAGACAAACACCGAGACCGAGAUUCCAGGCAUCAGCAGGAUUCCGAUCUUUCGGUCGCGUGCUCUGAUGCCGACCUCCACAGACACAAAAAAAAGAAGAAGAAAAAGAAGAGGCACUCGAGGAAAUGCGAGGACUUUGUUAAAGACUCAGAGCCACACCCUCCCAAGGCCGCCAGCCACGAGACUGUUGACCGUUUCCGGAGAACGGACGGCGCUUUCCCCCUCACUGAUGGGCUGCCUCUGGAAGGCGUUGGGCCUUUCUGUGAGAAGAGAAAACAUUUAAGGAUGGGAAGCAGGGAUGACAGGUGUCCUCUGUCUGAGUGUGGCCAGGGUAAGAGGCGAUACUUGGAAUUAAGAAUAUAGAAAGGAUUUCUUGCUGACACGCGGGAAGAGACCCUCGCGUGGCAUGAAAGGGCGGACCCUCCGGUAGGAGCCCCGCCGCCCCGGUCCAGCCCCGGCUCCCAGGCGGAGCGCGGGCUUCGGUGGCGCGGCGUGGGGACCCGGAACCGGUCCCUUAGUGCUGAUGGAGAACCUCGGUGACGUGGAGCCGGGCUCAGCAGAGCCUCUGUGACGAGGCCGCUGGAGGUGGUGGCUCUGGGGGUGUGUGUGUGGCUCCUGAAGGACCAGAACUUCUGUUUCUAAGCCAUUUCUGAUAGAAACGUUUUCACGGUAUUUUCUUUCUUAAACGUCUAGACCUCGGAGUGCGAGCUUAAACUCAGUUCGAGGGCUCGGGUCAUUAGGCACAUCCGCUGUCGCUGUCGGCCGGCCUCUCUCUCGGGGCACCUGGACUGCGGGGCGCUGGCUCCUGCUGCGCGGCUCCCCCCCCCCAGGCCGGGGGCGCCGCGGGGGCUGGAUUCUUACCGCCUGGCGCCACUGUCUCCGCCCUCUGCCCUCGCACCGCACUUAAAGCCGCCCCCGUCCCUCAAUCCGGUUUGUGCGGGUGACCCACGGGCCGGGCGAGGUGUCCCCGCCCGUCCCCGUGUGGCCUGCCAGCUCAGAAAGGCUUUCCGGGUUUUAAAUGGCUGGAGGCACCCGAAGGGGAAGACGGUUGUCCUCUGGCCUUUUGUACAAACGGCCCCAGACGCCUGAGGUGUGCUCUUGGGACUUUGAUGCGGCGUCUUGGUGACCCAGAGGCCCUUUGGUUGUGUGUUUCGAGGGCAGACCAGUCCCUCCAGUGGCCCCCGGUCAGUGUGGUUGUUGACCGAGGAGGGACAGAUGGGCCCCGAGCAUGAGGGAGGCAGUGUCCCAGCGGGAGGGACAUGGGAGGCUCAGGGCGGAGAAGCGUGGCCAUGGCCGGCCAGACGGUGACGCGGGGCCGUUGUCUGCCCUGGGCUUUUUUUAAGGUAUUGAUGAUACGGAGUUUCAGAUCGGUGUCCCGUGACCCUUUUGGUGAUUUGGGAAAGGGGCUUGGCCUGGUGAGGGUCGAGUCUCUUCUGACCACCGCCUAGUACUUGGGAGGAAGUGGUGGGCGGCGUCCCAGCCGUUCCGCCUGUUGCCAGACCCUCCCCCCACCUCUCCCCGGCUGCAGGUGCCUGGUGAGGACCACGGUCGGUGGCCGCCAGCACACAGAGGUGGCUCCGGAGGGAAAACGGGUUGAGUGUGAGCCUGAGCCGUUGGCAUUUGGGGGCCACACGUGUGUCCCUAGGGGCUGCGAUACGCCUCUGUGUCAAGCGGCGGCCCUUUGUGUCCUGGGCGAUGGCACUCGAAGGCUGGUGUGCGGCCAGCGCUUCCGGGGAGAGCAGACGGAGGAAUCCGUGUGCCUGUCCCAUCCUGUCCUCUUCAAGGACAGGGACCACCUGCUUGGCCUUCCAUGCCAGACAUCCCUGUCUUCUGGCUGAGGAUGACAGACCCUGUGGCCCACCUGCCACGUGUCCCCUGUUCCUGGUAACUUGACCCGUCAGACUCCCGUCUUCCGGCCCCACGACACGCUGCCUGGUUUCUUUGGCCUGAGAUCUGCUCUCUCCUGCGGGGACAGUGCUGAUGGGUGUGGGCGGAGAGGGCCCCGUCCCCACAGGCACGGCUUUCGGUGCAUCUCAGCCAUCACGGAAGGUCUCGUUUUCAGUAGAAGGCUUGGCGACAGUGCGCGCCGGCUCGUCUCGUCCCGGUCCCGUGCUCGUCCCGUGCGGGGACAGAUUUCGGGCAGCGAGCACCCAGCCGCCGAGAAGGGGUUCUGAUUGUAAUCACUUGCGCCCACACAGCAGCAGGCACGAAACAUUCUGCAAAACCGUCAUUAAAAUCUCUUUCCUGAUCUUUG